GGCAUUUAAGGCGGAGUCUCGGGCAUUCUGGCAGCACCAGAGACGGUCUGGGCUGGCACGACCCCCCUUAGCUGCUAUGGUAGCCCAUCAGUAGCAGGUUCCAGGCCCUCCGGGACAUGUGGGCAGAGCUGGCGGCAGCCAGGUGCAUGGAGCCAGGGGAGCUCUAGGGCACUCGGGGGCGGCUCUGCCUGCUGCUGCUCUCUGGCGACCGUGGAGAUGUCCAACUGACAGGAGAACUAGUGAGGACAAGAACGCUCCCUCGCUCCCUUUUAGCCCAAGCCCACUGACUGCACCGAUGGCGCUGCCGGCCAGUCUAUUGCCCCUGUGCUGCUUGGCACUUCUGACACUGCCUGCCCAGAGCUGUGGACCCGGCAGGGGACCUGUUGGUCGGCGGCGCUACGGGCGCAAGCAGCCUGUGCCGCUGCUCUACAAGCAAUUUGUGCCCAGCGUGCCUGAGCGGACCCUGGGAGCCAGUGGGCCAGCAGAGGGGAGGGUGGCAAGGGGCUCUGAGCGCUUCCGGGACCUUGUACCCAACUACAACCCUGACAUCAUCUUCAAGGAUGAGGAGAACAGUGGUGCCGACCGCCUAAUGACAGAGCGUUGUAAGGAGCGAGUGAACGCGCUGGCCAUUGCAGUGAUGAACAUGUGGCCCGGAGUGCGCCUCCGGGUGACCGAAGGCUGGGAUGAGGACGGCCACCACGCUCAGGACUCACUGCACUACGAAGGUCGUGCCUUGGACAUCACCACGUCUGACCGCGACCGCAAUAAGUACGGGCUGCUGGCGCGCCUGGCAGUGGAAGCCGGCUUCGACUGGGUCUACUACGAGUCCCGCAACCAUAUCCACGUGUCGGUCAAAGCUGAUAACUCACUGGCGGUCCGGGCGGGAGGCUGCUUUGCGCUGCUGCCCGGGGGCGCGGUCCAGCCGACGGGCAUGCACUGGUACUCUCGCCUCCUCUACCGCCUGGCGGAGGAGCUGCUGGGCUGAGCGCCCCAGGCAGGGCGACCUAGAGGCGCUCGACAAAAACGGGUCCUGCUGGCUGAAAUCUGCGGUUGCGGGCAGCAGGCGACGCUGACUGGGAUGGUGGGAGGGCAAGGGAGGAAAAGGGGGCUCCUCCGACACUGCCUGGUUUAGAGACAACUUUCAACCGAAAGGAGGCAAUUCCCGCUUCUUGGUAGUUAGAGGUGAGGGUGGGCACUCCUUAACGAGGACUGUUUAGCCUCUUCUUCCCUUGAGCUUCAGCCCUACUUGAUUAUUUUAUUUUCUAUUUAUAAAUUGUAAUAUAAUGAGCUGUUUGCCCAGCAGUCAAGGUGAGGGGCUGGGCACUGCGUUAACACUGACAAGGCCAGCCAAUCUGAUGUCUCCUGUUUUCCUGAGGUGGGGUAAUAAAGGGAAGGUUUUCAGGAGCUUAUUGAAAACAGUGCCAUUCAGAAGGUAAUUCACCUCAGAGAGGGGGGUCAAUCCGAGUCAACACUCCACUUCCGGCUCCUACUCCUUUCUCAGCAGGGUCUUUGGUACCCUUUUCUUCCCCUCUGAGGGGUGUCCCAAUCCAUCACAAAAGAGACCAAAAGUGUUUUGCUGCGAUUUAGGCUCCUCGUGCCAUCUCCUUCCUGCUUUCAGAAGACCAGCAUUCUUCCCCCAUAGGCUGCACACCAACCCCUGGAAGGUCAGGGUUGUUCUGAGCAGAAAGACGCUCUCACAUCCUUUCUGUCAACAGGGACUCUAGCAGGGACCCAGGCCCCAUAGGUGAUGCUACGGAAAACACCUUGCUCCUCUAUCAUUAAGCAGCCUGGGCCCUCCCUCAAAGCCAUGAAUCAGCCUGGCCCUCAUCCUACCUUGGUCUCCAGGUCUGAUUUCUUCCUCCCUGGAUGUCUGGGCCAAGUAAUGACUUCUGAACCUAUGGCUAAUAACGCAGUGCGCACACACCUGUGGCCUCAAAAAAGAAUGGACAGAGGGCUGAAACCCUCCCUUACUGAAGCGCUGUAGGGAACAGGUUCAGCCUGGCUGUUCCUUGAGGAAACAGGCUCCCCUGGCAAGGGAACAUAAGUAUUAAAGCCCGGCCUCCAUUCCUGAUUGCCAGCCCUGGUUGUUUUUCCUACUGUCUUCCUCCAUUGCCCUUCCUCUCUUCCAUUGUUGCUGGUUCUGCUCCCCUCACUUGUUUGGAAAGAUUUGGGUUCCAACACAACAGACAGUGAGAACCCAGGCAGGCAGGUGGCCUUGAGUUAGGAAUAGAAGCUUGAGGAAAUUGGAUUACUCUGUUUUUUCUUUUUUUUUUUUGGUACCGGGGAUUGAACUUGGGUCCUUGCGCUUGCCAGGCAGGCCACCAAACCGCUGAGCUAAAUCCCCGGCCCAAUUGGAUUACUCUGGAGGGGGAAUGUCUGAAGUCUGGGAGACAGUCAAGAGUGGUUUAUAAUUCCUGGGGCUAAAUGCUGCUCGCUCUGCUACUAAAUAGACUGGUUUUAGUCUGAGAUUCUGAGCCCACAGGGUUCCUGCUAUACACCGCCCCCUUGUGGCCACCAGAAGAAUUCUAGGUUUAUGCUUGCAAAUGGAUGUAUUGGGCCUGCGCAGAGGAGCCUUCCAGGAGGUCGAGGUAGUAGGUGGGACUUGUUAAACUGCCAGUGGUGAGCCACAGGUGUUGAGCUGUUGAGCUGGCAAAGAGCCCACUUGCUUCUCUUUGGGAAAGCUAUUCCAAACCCUGACACGUUUACUUCCCUCUUGCCUAGGUUAGCUCUGUGGCUCCUAGAAGCUAGAGGUACAUACGAUAGUAUAUGUGUAGUAUCCUAGACUUCCUUACACAUUCAAGUUGCCCCCCUCUAUGCCUCUCACCCUUGUGACCCUUGAGGGUUUUUUAACAUUAUUUGUAUUUGGGGGCCAGGGAUUUAGCUGAGUGGCACCACACCUGCCUCACCAAUACAAGGUC